AUGUCAGAGCGACUUGGUAAGCGUAUUAAUUGUUUUGAUAUUUAUAUUUAGAUGUGGGACUAGCAUGUGCCAUAUAAGCAUUAGUAGCAUUGACAUUACUGGAUAUUAAUCAAUAGGCAAUACGCUUACAUUCAAUUUAUUUCUUUGCCAAGUUUAUCUUUUGCCUAGUAAUGGUAUUCAAAUGCAGUUUGAAAUUUUAACUGAGAUUCAUUGCUACUUUGUCUUUUCGAUUUCAUAUGAUAAUUAUACAUAAACAUUUGUGAAAGUCUAAAUUUAGGCAUGCGCUAAGUUUGUAAAGGAUUAGUGUCACACCAGGAAUUCGCGGGCUCAAACUCCUGCUGGAAAGUGUUUACAAUCCGUCAUAUAUUUAAACCAUCCUUUUAUCAAUCCUUGCUCUUUUUGUCUUAUUUUUAUCAGAAAUGUACCAAACAAGGUAUUUUUAUCGCUAUUUGUUGUAUUUAAGUAAAAUGUAAACAAUAACAAAAGCCGGCAAUGCAUGACCCUGACACUAGUCCUUUAAAGGCAAUGCUAAUUUGGAAUUGAAAGAAUUCAUAAGUGACUCACCUGCAGAUAUACAAUAAUAUUGCUUAAAAGUAAAGUCAGUUUUUCUAAAAUUUAUUAAUGUUACUGAGAUAAUUUGAAUCAAUUUUUGCAGAUGUGGCAGACUUAAAGUGUGUGGUUCAUUUAUAUGAUAUUGAUGACGGAAAACACAGUAACAUAAAACAGUUGUCAGAAGUUAACUUGGAACGAAUUCAGCAAGCGAAAACUCUACGAGAAUCAAAGGGUGGCUCUAUCCAUCACAAAAAACAGUGCGAUUCUGUCCCAGAGCUAAAUCAGUUCAAUCCGUCGUUACACGGCGUUCGUCUAGAACCGUUCUAUAAAAAGUUUGUUCUGAUACUUUCUCAAGAAAAAAGUAAGCAUUCAGAAAGCUCUCCCGAUUCACAACCAAAUGUAACGCGCUUAAAGCGUGGUGAAUCCAGCACUGAUUGCUUUCGUAACCUUUAUCCAAAGGAAUGCAAUUUCUGCAAAAAAUACCGGGUAAAAAAGAAUGGAAGGUUACAUUUCCCCAUCACAAUAGCAACCAAUAUGGCUGCUGCGCAAAUCAAGGAAUCCGGCAGAAGCGAAAGACACCAACCUCUUUUAUGAAAUUAGAGAUAUCGAUUUAAUAGCAAAAGAGUUCCAAGUAUCAUGACUUCUGUUACAAAGAAUUUACAAGAAAAGUAGCAAAUGCGAAUACUAAACAGUUUGAAGACAAUGAUGCGAAAGGUAAUUUCGACAAAGUAACAGAUUACAUACAACGAAAAGUUUUAUUCCAGAAUCAGGCCAUCUCUAUGACAGUAGGCUACUGCAUGAUUUAUAUGGUCUCCAUACCAGAUAUAGAAGCAAGUUAAAAAAUAGGAUUGUUACAAAAUUUUCUGACCAAUUAUUAUUUUUAACAAUUGACGCUAAAACACUUCAAGUUGUGAUCAGCCGUGAAGGAAAUAAAUAAGAAUACAUUAUUGAAAAAUCGCGAGAAAGUAAUCAAACAAGCGGCUGAAUAUCUUCGAGAAGACAUACGAGAAUACGCGCGAGAUUCUACCGAAUUACAAUGGCCACUAUAUAUCGAGGAACUUGCUGCUGAAACUCGCCCGGUUCCCUCGUCAGUUAGAUCAUUCUUAAUUCGUCUCCAGACUGACGACAGCCUCCCAGUUUUGUUAAUUAUUCAGCUGAUGAAAUAG